GCCUGCCACAUACCUUGGGGUUUCCACCCACUCUGAUGAGAGAUGGCUCGGGAUUACUGCAGCCUGGGAACAAGCCUGAGAACCCCAACCCCAGGAGGAACCAGCCCAUCAACCUGAACCAUUAUGCCACCAAGAAGAGUGUGGCCGAGAGCAUGCUGGAUGUGGCACUCUUCAUGUCCAAUGCCACGCGGCUGAAGGCAGUGCUGGAGCACGGGCCAUCCUCUCACUACUACACCGCCCUCAUUGCCCUCAUCAGCAUCUCCCUACUGCUGCAGGUGGUCAUCGGAAUCCUUCUCGUGGUCAUCGCACGGCUGAACCUGAACGAAGUGGAAAACCAGUGGAGACUAAAUCAGCUCAACAACGCUGCCACCAUCCUGGUCUUCAUCACUGUCGUCUUCAAUGUUUUCAUCACAGCUUUUGGGGCACAGAAGCCUGGCUUCCUGGCCGCUGGGGCUGCCAGGGAUCCUCUCUGAAGCCACUGGGACCUAGGUGAGGGCCAGGAUGGGGGUUGCCAGGCCCGAGGGCUCGAAGCCAGCCCUGCACUCAGCUCGCAGGUGUGGGGUCAGAGGGAUGUCCCCUGCCAUGCAAAAGGGGAGCGUAUAGGUCUGGGAAUCUGGAGUGCUGAAACGGACACCACAGAGCCUGCCCUGGGUGCCCUUCUCCGUCACUGCUGGCACCUCCUUCAGUCUUGGGCUGAGACUUUUUCCCAGCCUGAGAUGGGCUUGGAGGCACUGUUGCUAGUGGCUGGCUCUGUCCCCUGGCAAGAUCAGAUGUGGACUUUCCCCUGGCCACUGCCCAGCAGCCCUGCAGCUCAGACUGUGGCCCACUGGCCAGCAGCAGCAGCAGCCAAACCACCAGGUGCUGGCUGGAAGUGCAGCCUCAUUGGCCCCAUUGUGGAGCUACUGAGCCAGCACCUGCAUUUCCGUAGGGUCCCCAGGUGAAGCAUCCUGUCCAGUUCUGUGCAAGUCCAGGCGUGGGCAGCACUGUCUGGCCUGCCCUCCUCAUUGCUCUUCCCUGCUUCCUCCACAGGAACCGGCCUUAGAACCCCUCCUGUCUCUUUCCUCCCAGAUCUUCCAGGCUCACAGGCAUUUUCCACAGCUGCUGGGAGAACUUCCAAAAGAGCUGUGUAGAUCCCUUUGGUUCCUGCCCACAGUACCUGAACUGAGAGGUUUUGCUGGGCUAAAUGAUCCCAUCCUGACCCGGAGCGCCGAGCUCAGACUCAGGCUCUCCCAACCCUUGUACCCAGGCAGCAGCCCCUGACGCAGAUGCGCUGCAGGCUGAGCAAGCCCAGCCUGAGGACUCAGGUUCCGACUCUGUCCCAUUCCAUCCCUCUGCUCCAGGCCUGUUUCUCUUUCUGUAAAAUGAAUUAUUUCUCUCCAUAAAGACCCCUGCAAAUCUA